ACGUUGUUCAAUGUUCGAUAGUGUUUGUUUUAUUUGCUUUGGAUUGAUUGGGUUCGCUAACGCUUCAAUUCAAGAGAAUGCUGCUACAUGUCUUCACCUAGGUAACCUUUUUUUUGACCACAAUAACAUAGUAGGAAAUCAGUCAGGCUUCAACCUAUUUCGCAGAUAUGGGAUAAAUAAUCGAGCUUGCGAAAAGGAACGUUCUCUUGGAGUUGAGCUCGCACACACAUCCAAAUGUUUCCUCGCCAUUUUACUGAGUUCGGAUAUGCUGCUUCUCUCAUCUUUCAACAUUGUAGCAUAUCAAAAAAAUCAUCCGUUGCUGGCGAUAUUCUUUCGGUAAAUCAAUCCGUAAAUUGAUUCUUGAACGACGCCUUACCGAAACAGUAUCUGUGAUAAGUUAGUAGGAGGAGGCCUAAAAUCGUACCGAGCAACAAGGCGCACUGUCUCCCUGCCAGCAUCGAUAUGCUGCCAUUGGAGAUUAGAAUUUUCCCAGAACACAAACUUGGAACGAGUAUCUAAAGCUAUCGCUGUAGCCAAUAUUGAACCAUUUCAAGUUUUGCUAAAGUACGUGUCCAACUUGGCAAUGGCUUUAGUCACACCGAUUGUAAGUCAGUUCGA